GUUCUACUUCACAGUUGAUAAACCCUAAAAUUAAAUCUUCUUAUUCUUCUCUCGCGCCUCCGGCAAAUAAUACCGCCGCACCGUUCCGGCACCACCACUCUGACCAUAUCGUUUAUAGCAGAGUUAUGAUUGCCGCAAUAUCGUGGAUUCCCAAAGGGGUUUCAAAAGCAGAACCCGUUUUUGCUGAACCUCCUUCUAAAGAUGAAAUUGAAGAAAUCAUCUCCAACACUCUCACCAGUGUAGGAGACGAAGAUGAGAAUGAAGAAGAUGCUAACAAACAGAACGAUGAAGUCGCACAUGCUUUAACCGUAGCUGGUGCAAUUGGUAAACCAUCCAAUGGAAAUAGUGAUGAUAUUUCCGACGCCUUGAAGGAUCUCAACAUGGAUAACUAUGAUGAAGAGGAUGACAAAGGAUUUGAGUUAUUCAGUUCGGGGAACGGUGAUCUUUUUUAUCAGAGUAAUGAAUUGGAUCCAUACAUCAACGAUAAAAAUGAGGAGUAUGAUUCUGAAGAUAUGGAAGACAUGAUUAUUAAUCCAACUGAUUCUGUUGUUGUUUGUGCACGUACUGAGGACGAUGUCAAUUUUCUUGAAGUAUGGAUACUUGAGGACGCCAAUACCCGCGAUAUGAACUUGUAUAUUCACCAUGAUAUCAUUAUUCCGGAAUUUCCACUUUGCACAGCAUGGCUUGAUUGCCCCCUUAAAGGCGGAGAAAAAGGGAACUUCUUGGCUGUUGGUUCAAUGGGACCAUCCAUUGAAAUUUGGGACCUUGAUGUUAUUGAUGAGGUAGAGCCAUGUGUGGUGUUGGGUGGCAAAGAGAAAAGAAAAAAGGGGAAAAAUGGGAAAAAGAAAUCAGCAAAAUACAAAGAGGACAGUCACACCGACUCAGUACUUGGUCUUGCUUGGAACAAGGAAUACAGUAAUACACUUGCAAGUGCCAGUGCUGACAAGCGAGUGAAGAUUUGGGAUAUUGUUGCUGGAAAGUGUACUAUUACAAUGGAUCAUCACUCUGAUAAGGUUCAAGCAGUUGCUUGGAAUCAUCGUGCACAACAGAUCCUUCUUAGUGGUUCGUUUGAUCAUACUGUUGCCUUGAAGGAUGUAAGGACGCCGUCACAUUCUGGCUAUACGUGGUCGGUCAGCGCUGAUGUAGAGAGCUUGGCAUGGGAUCCACACACCGAGCACUCUUUUGCGGUGAGUCUUGAAGAUGGUACGAUCCAAUGUUUUGAUGUUCGGACUGCAAUGUCCAAUGCCACAUCUGUGCAGAAUGCUACUUUUACACUUCAUGCACACGAUAAAUCUGUUACCUCCGUAUCCUAUAAUACGGCAGCACCUAAUCUUCUUGCGACUGGAUCCAUGGAUAAAACGGUAAAACUUUGGGAUUUGUCUAACAACCAACCAUCUUCUGUUGCAUCUAAAGAGCCAAAAGCUGGGGCUGUCUUUUCUAUCUCCUUCUCAGAGGACAACCCAUUCUUGUUGGCCAUAGGAGGCUCAAAGGGAAAGUUACAAUUAUGGGACACCUUGUCUGACGAAGGCAUCUCUCGAAGAUACGGGAAAUUUAACAGGAAUCAACCUCAAUCCGUGGCCUGAUAUAAUAUUGAGUUAUACUGAUCCUUUCAUCCCAGCCCAUGAAGACAAUGUUUGGACUUGUAACUACUCAACUGCGAACAAGUUGGGUUUGCAUGUUCCAACAUUUUGGAAUUCUCUGCAAAAUGCAAGUCUUAUUAUACUUAAGAUUGAUAUUUGGUUUCUUCUUUUUGUGUAAUGAGCUUCAAUGUUUUUGGUAGUUUAGGAGUAUUUAAAUUUUGAAGGGUAUAUUAUUAAGGAAAGAUUUCCUAACAAGUUUUGAAGGGCCUUCCCGAUGCCCAACUGUUAUAGUUGUUUUUUCCUCACUAAAAAGUCAAGAGUUUGUGUCUUAGGCCUUGCCUUUUGUCGUUGCUUGGCAGGAACAUCGGUUUCUAAACAUGUUUUUUUGGCUUGCAUCAUAAAUCUUUCAAUUUUAUUUACCAUUGUAAUUGUAAUGAGAUUACCCUUAUUUUUGUGAUGAGCAAGUUGAUUUGCAGUUUCUUUCUGCAGCUAAACCUAUUAAAUGUAAUAAUAAUGUAAUAUUGUACGGUA